AUAAAAGGUACAAAUCUUCUGUUUUACUAAUCACCGAUCCUCUACCGAUAUGUGCCGAAAUUCACAGCGUAAUACCCGUCUGGGUGCGGAUAUCACAGUCCUUAGCUGGUCAUGCUCGAUUGUCUGAUAACGUCUUCCGAACUGCAGGGAUUCGAAUCGGUCCUGGGGGCGUGGCUCCGAUUCCUCCAAGGGCAGGUGUUUACCCGGACCUCGACUAGAGGAGCUUCUUACCUCGAUUCUCUAUUAGCUCAUCUUUCACAAAAUAUACGGCCAUUCAAAUUAGGACUUUCCAUCAGCUUCCAUAUAAUAUCUGGUCCGUUUUUUAGAAGGUAUGAACUGCAUUUUAUUUCUCAAGACGCCCAAAACCAAAAAAUUUCAUUUCCUAGAAAAGAAAGAACACAAAGAGGUUAACUCUGUGUCUGUGCCGUCCGUCAUUUUUUUAGAGCGAAUAGGUCCCACUUCAUAUGACAAACUGACAUGCAAAUGUAGUCCUGUUAUGACAUUUCAGAUGCAGUAACCAAAUUUUUUGGCCAAUCUCCUAUUCAUCUCUAUCUAUCCUAAUCCUCCUACUCCUAUAUAUAGCAGACAACUAUUUCAUCCCUAAACAUAUCCACACUGCAUACCUUUUAAAGCCUUCUUUUGAUAUAAGAAAUAAAUUUAAUAAAACCAGCAAACCACAGCAAUAGAACUUGUGCAUUAGGAUGGAGACUGUGUUUUCCAUGAUUUAUUUCCUUCUCUUUCUCUCAACUCUUCUCUUGUAUCACGUACCAAAGAUUAAACAAAAAGGAAAAGACAUAGAAAAAGCAAAGUUGCCUCCUGGUACAAUGGGGUGGCCUUACAUAGGGGAAACUCUCCAAAUGUACUCUGAAGACCCAAAUGUCUUCUUUGCUAAUAAACAAAAAAGAUAUGGGGAUAUAUUCAAGACACACAUUCUUGGAUGCCCUUGUGUUAUGCUAGCUAGCCCCGAAGCUGCACGAUUCGUGCUGGUUACUAAUGCUCACUUAUUCAAACCGACGUACCCAAGGAGCAAAGAGAGAAUGAUUGGCCCUUCUGCUUUGUUCUUUCACCAAGGGAACUACCAUUCUCGACUAAGGAAGAUGGUUCAGAACUCGUUAUCUCCUGAGGCUCUUCGAAAUCUAGUUCAAGACAUCGAGGCCCUAUCUAUUUGUUCACUGGAAUCAUGGGCAACAAAAGAGCAAGUAAUCAACACAUUCCACGAGAUGAAGAAGUUGUCAUUUGAAGUUGGCAUUCUUGCUAUCUUUGGUCAAUUGGACACAAAGCGCAAAGAGGAGCUAAUGGAGAACUAUUGCAUAGUAAAUAAAGGAUACAAUUCGUUCCCUACAAACUUAUCAGGAACCGCAUAUUACAAAGCUACAAAGGCAAGGAGAAAGCUCUAUGAGAUAAUUAGUGAAAUAAUUUGUGAAAGGAAGGAGAAGAAAACAGUAGUUAAGGAUCUCUUGGGUCGUCUAUUAAAUUUCAAAGAUGAAAAGGGACAUACUUUAACGGAAGAUCAAAUUGCCGACAAUAUAAUUGGAGUACUCUUUGCUGCGCAAGAUACAACAGCUAGUGCUCUAACUUGGAUUCUCAAAUACCUUCAUUACGAACACAAAAUAUUACAAGCAGUUAAGGUGGAACAGAUAGAAAUUUAUGAGUCUAAUGAAGAAGGAAAGAAGCCCUUGACAUGGAUUCAAACUAGAAAUAUGCCAUUUACACACCGGGUCAUUUUAGAGAGUUUAAGAAUGUCAAGCAUUAUAUCUUUCACCUUUAGAGAAGCCGUGACAGACGUAUUUUACGACGGAUACUUAAUUCCAAAAGGUUGGAAGGUCAUGCCAUUAUUCAGAAACAUUCAUCAUAAUCCAGACUUUUUUGCUGACCCUUGGGAUUUUGAUCCUUCCAGAUUUGACGCUGCUCCAAAACCCAAUACCUAUAUGCCAUUUGGCAAUGGAGCCCAUGCUUGUCCAGGGAAUGAACUUGCAAAACUGCUCAUGCUGAUUUUAAUCCAUCAUCUAGUCACCAACUAUAGGUGGGAAGUCAUAGGUUCUCAGGGCGUGAUACAGUAUAGCCCGUUUCCGGUACCUCAACAUGGACUCCCUGCCAGGUUCUGGAAGGAAAACAAAAGCACAAAGUAUCCCGGGGAAACGAGAUGCCCACUAACAUAAAUUAAUAGCAAUGAGAAUAACGGAAAAGCAGAAGAUAUCUCCUGACCUAGUUUCCACUUUCAAGUGAAACUCGAGCCAGCAUCUUUUUUUAUCCUGGGGCCUAUCUCACUAUUCAUUUAGGCAAAAUUAUACUCUGUAAUUAUUGAUUGUAAUAAGAGGCAGCAGGAGGAGAGAGCUUUACCCAAAAGAUGUAAUAUCAUCUCCACUUCUGUUUCAAUAGGUAAUAUAACUAGAUUAAAAUAUCCUAAACUCUCUAUGUGCUCCAUUUGGUAAAAUGAUAUGCAGAAUGGUUCGAACUUAAUAGGAAA